CGCUACAGUUAGCCCAGCAGCAGCGAGUCAGCCAUUGGCCGGUGUGAGCCUGAGCAUCCUUCUAGAAAAAUACCACUGGAGAUAAAAGAUACUGACUGCACUUAUACAGCUCACAUUAAAUCCGAUAAAGGGGAUCUCUUUGAAGACAAAGAGUAUAAAGAUGCCUUCAGCAAUGGUUGGCAACAAUGCUGUCCAGUCUGCCAUUCCAGACCUGGGAAAUGGAAGUCAGUCUGAGGCCAUGAAGCAGAUUCUUGGUGUGAUGGACAAGAAGGUUCGCAACAUGGAAAAGAAAAAGUCCAAACUGGACGACUAUCAGGAAAAGAAGAAUAAGGGAGAAAGACUGAAUCAGGAUCAAUUGGACGCUUUGACAAAGUAUCAAGAGAUCAUGUACAACCUCGAGUUUGCUCGAGAAUUGCAGAAGAGCUUCCUGGCGUUGGGCCAAGAGGUUCAAAAGGCAGUGAAAAAGUCAGCAAGACGAGAGCAGCUGCAGAGAGAGGAAAUGGAACAGCGGAGGCUGAAGACAGUUUUGGAGCUUCAGUUUUUACUGGACCAGUUGGGAGAUGACAGUGUCAGGCAGGACCUUAAACGACCUGAUGCCACCGGUUCCCCUUUGCUCACUGAUGCUGACCUCACAUCCCUUGAUGAGUUUUACAAACUGGUGGGACCUGAUAGGAACUAUGACAUCAGGUUGACUGACCAAUAUGAAGAGGCCUCAGUACACUUGUGGGAACUGCUUGAGGCCCGAGACAAGGCUGUGGCAGGGACCACGUAUAAAGCACUGAAGGACACUCUGGACAAAGUGCUGCUGAGUGGAUACUUUGACAGGGCGCAAACACACCAGAAUGGGACGUGUGAGCAGGAAGAGGAACGAGAGGAGCAGCAGGCUGUGGUGGUUGAGUCUAAAGCUGGGGAGCAGCCAUCAGAACCUGAAGGAACAGCUACUGAAAAAUACACAGAGCCCAUUAAAGUGGAAACCACAGAGUUUGUAAACAGACAGUUCAUUCCAGAAACUGCGUACAGCAGUACAGACAAAGACCAAGUGGAGGAGUGGGCAGUGGAGGCUCAGAUGGUGAAUUCCCUCCAGCACCAGCCCUCUGCCCAACUGGCUCCAGAACCAACCGUUACUGUGAACCAUGUCACUCCCCCUCCGGCCACGGACCCAGUGGUCAGAAAGCAGGCAGUGCAAGACCUCAUGGCCCAGAUGCAAGGAACGUACAACUUCAUGCAGGACUCCAUGUUGGAGUUUGACGGCCAGGCUCUGGACCCAGCCAUUGUGUCUGCCCAGCCUAUGAAGCCAGCGCAGACUGUUGACCUGCAGCAGAUGGGCUGCCCCCCAACCCACUCAGAGUCCAGACUUCCUCAAACAAGUGUGGUGUCGGGACCACAAGAAUCCUCACAAGCCUCGAUGUCUCUUUCGUCUGAGCAGUCCCCUGCCCCAUGUUCCCUGUCUUCUGCCUUCCCACCUGUCUCCAAACCCACCCACACUGGAGGCAUCAAUGUCAACGCAGCACCCUUCCAGUCAGUGCAAGCGGUAUUUAAUAUGAAUGCACCUGUACCUCCAGCCACUGAAGGCCAAGCAGACCCUCUGAAGCAGCCCAGCCAGUUCCCUGGUGGCUAUGCACAGGGGUUUAGCAGCCAGUCAGAGAAUACUGUAGACCAGCCUGACAUUGCACAGGAAACACUACAGUCAGUUGUUGGUGGGUUCAAGCCUCAAGACCAGGUCAUGCCCCCAGCAGGAGGCCAUGAGGAGUCCUCUCCAGGUGCAGGGUUUGGACAGUCUGGCCAGUCCUUUUACAACAGCAGGGCUGUGCCCAGGGGUGGACCCAGGAACGCACGAGGCAUGAUGAAUGGAUACCGGGGGUCCUCUAAUGGGUUUAGAGGGGGAUAUGAAGGCUAUCGCCCUCCUUUCUCAAAUGCUCCCAGCAGUGGUUAUGGUCAAACCCAGUUUAACACAUCUCGGGACUAUUCUAAUAACACCUAUCAGCGGGAGGGAUAUCAGCAAGGCUACAAACGGGGAGCUGCCCAAGGACCGCGAGGUUUGUCUCGAGGUAAUGCUCAAGCAAUGCGAUCCUAAAGGAUUCUAAGGACCGUCAAGUCGCGCCACGUUGAACAUUCAGGAUUUUUGAAUGUGUUCGCCCCAGCUCACUUUUAUAACAAUGUUUUGUUUCUCAUUGGUAAUCUUAUUUUUUUAACUCCUGGCCUACUUAUCAGAGUCAGCCUGCUUUGGUCUGUCUAGAUCCUCUUAAUGUUUUAACACAAAAUGCUGAACUUCGCCACAUGUAGGAUUGUCAGCAUGUCUGUGUGAUGUAAAACAACAAAUAGAUAUUCCUGUAAACUUGAAAGAUUUCAUUAAUUUAUUUUUUGUACAAAAUAAAUGCAAAAAAUACCCUGCCACUGUCGAUCUAGUUCCAUGAGAAUGAUUUUCUUUUGCCCUGUGCUGUCAGUCACCUUUUCUUUUUGAUCUUAUAAUUUUCACAAAGGCAUUUAAUGUUUUUUUUUUUGUUUUGUUUUUUUCUUUUUUAACCCCAGUCACCUCUUGCGCCAUCACCUCUUUGUACGCUGAUGUUAUUGGUUGAGACUGUUUCAAUAAAGUUGUGUUCUAUUA